AACAAAAUUGUUGCGCCGGAGACGGCGCUCCCAGCGGCGGCCGGCCCCGCAUAUGGCGAAUAAGACGAGAGAGAGGUGGGACAAGGCCGCAUUUGCCGCCUGCCUGCCGAGGCGGGCCACCCCGGCGCCUGCCGCGGCUACAUCCGGUUCUUCGACGACUGCCAGUUCCGGUGGCACGCCGCCCGCCAGCAGAAUCGAUGCGUGGGUUUAGGAGCCGAGUAAAUACUUCAGAAUUGGGAUCCAAUGCAGAUGACAUACACCAUGUUUCUGAAAUAUUAAACGCGGGGUUGCAGGGGCCUCUGUUUAUGGGUACUGUAGAUAAGUGCCCAGGUGAAGUUUUUAUCAACGUGUCUCCUACCAGGUACUGGAACAUGGUCAGAGAGAGGGUAAACAUGGAAAUACGAAGGCAACUCAGUAUGGGAAGGCCCAACUUUCCUACUCUGCAGCCCCCAAGAUCAGUUGAUGGUCUUGAAAUGUUUGGGCUUUUAUCACCCAGCAGUAGUUCGGGCAAUCAGGACAAAGGAUAGAGAUCGCAUCUGUACAGAGUACUGGAGAUCCAGGCCCCAUGUUGUCAACGAGAAUCGUGAUUUUUCAAUCUGGAUGAGUGAUUCAGAGAGGGUCCGCCAAAUAUUGCCUUGAGGGGCCUCUUCCAGAGAGCUAGCCCUGACAAACUGUGAACCCUGCGAGGUUUACUGGCAAGCAAUACCAAUCUGGAUGAGUUAUCCAGGCAGCAGGAGAUUGCGAAGCAAUGUCACUGACAAGAGUAAACAUCAACUGUGUGUUGUAUAUUAGAUGGUCUGGUUUCUUCAAAAAGGCAGAACAAUUUUCUUGUUUUUAUCGUAUGAGCAUGUUGAUCCUUGUGGACUACUUGGCAUGAAAUGUCUCUUUGCCUUCUCCUUAUGUAUAAUAUCAUUCCGUACUGUACAUCUUCUCAAAGUAAAAAUGCCAUGACAGUUCUUUAUGGUAACAUUUUGUUCUGUCACCCGCUCAUCUUUUUUCAUGCGUUGUUCCUGA